AUGGUGUUCAGUCCAAACAUUAUCCUGUUCCUAGCCUUGUGUCUGUUGCCUGAGAUGAAAAGCUCAAUGGUCAGUUUGAAUAGCAAUGGAUAUGAUGGCAUUGUCAUUGCAAUUAACCCCAGUGUUCCAGAAGAUGGAAAACUCAUUCAAAACAUAAAGGAAAUGGUAAUUGAAGCAUCUACUUACCUCUUUCAAGCAACCAAACGAAGAGUUUAUUUCAGAAAUGUACACAUUUUAAUUCCAACAACCUGGAAAUCAAAAUCUGAAUAUUUAAUGCCAAAGCAGGAAUCAUAUGACCAGGCUGAUGUUAUAAUUGCAAAUCCUUCUCUGAAAUACGCAGAUGAUCCUUAUACACUGCAAUAUGGACAAUGUGGAGACAAAGGACAAUAUAUUCAUUUGACCCCAAACUUCGUGUUGACUAAUAAUUUGUCUGUUUAUGGAUCCCGAGGCAGAGUGUUUGUCCAUGAGUGGGCACACCUUCGGUGGGGAGUCUUUGAUGAGUAUAAUGUGGACAUGCCAUUCUAUAGUCCCAGAAAGAAUAUUAUUGAAGCAACAAGGUGUUCCACCAGAAUUACUGGUCUCAAAGUUGUUUUCAAUGACUGCAGAGGAGGCAGUUGCAUAACCAGGCCAUGUAGACGGGACUCACAGACGGGGCUGUAUGAAGCAAAAUGCACAUUCAUCCCAGACAAAUCCCAGUCUGCAAACGAAUCCAUUAUGUUCAUGCAAAAUCUCAAUUCUGUGACUGAAUUUUGUACAGCAAAUACACACAAUACAGAAGCUCCAAACCUACAAAACAAAAUGUGUAAUCGCAGAAGCACAUGGGACGUAAUCAUGGAAUCGGAGGAUUUGCAGAAUGCCACUCCCAUGAAAGGAACAGAUCCACCACCUCCUCCUAUAAUUUCCUUGGUCAGAUCCAAGCAGCGAGUAGUCUGUUUGGUACUUGAUAAGUCUGGAAGCAUGGGUUCAGAGGACCGUCUCCUUCGAAUGAAUCAAGCAGCAGAACUGUACUUGAUUCAAAUUAUUGAAAGGGAAUCCUUGGUUGGGAUGGUCACCUUUGACAGUACUGCUACAAUACAAAAUAACCUAACAGCAAUAACUGGUGAUGACAGUUACCAAAAGAUCACUGCAAACCUGCCUCCUGCUGCUGGUGGCGGAACUUCAAUUUGCAAUGGACUCAAGGCAGGAUUCCAGGCUAUUACAAACAGUAACCAGAAUGUCUCUGGUUCUGAGAUCGUGUUACUGACAGAUGGAGAAGAUGAAGGAAUCCAGUCCUGCUUUCAGGAGGCAAAUCGGAGUGGUGCAAUCAUUCACACCAUUGCGAUGGGACCUUCUGCUGCCAGAGAACUGGAGACUCUAUCAAAUAUGACAGGGGGAUUCCAGUUUUUUGCCCAUAAAGAUGUGAAUGGCCUUAUUGAUGCUUUCAGUAGAAUUUCAUCUAGAAGUGGGAACAUCUCUCAACAGGCUCUGCAGUUGGAAAGUAAAGCCUUGAAUGUAACAGCAAGGAAAUGGAUAAAUGGUACAGUGCCUGUGGAUAGCACCAUUGGAAAUGAUACUUUCUUUGUUGUCACAUGGACAGUAGGAAAACCAGAAAUUAUUCUUCAAGAUCCGAAAGGAAAAAAAUAUGAAACCUCAGAUUUCAAAGAAGAUAAGCUAAAUACUCGGUCUGCCCGCCUUCGAAUACCAGGCAUUGCAGAGACAGGGACAUGGACUUACAGCCUUCUGAAUAAAUAUCUCGUCCCUCAAUUGCUUACGGUGACAGUGACCACUCGAGCAAAAAGUCCUACCACACUUCCAGUAAUCGCCACUGCUCACAUGAGCCGAAACACAGCUCUCUAUCCUCGCCCCCUGAUCGUUUAUGCACGAGUCAGCCAAGGGUUUUUGCCUGUUCUGGGAAUCAAUGUGACAGCCAUUAUAGAAGCUGAAGACGGACAUCAAGUAACUUUGGAGCUCUGGGACAAUGGGGCAGGUGCUGAUACUGUCAAAAAUGAUGGCAUCUACUCAAGAUAUUUUACAGAGUAUCGUGGAAAUGGUAGAUACAGCUUGAAAGUACAUGCCCAGGCAAGAGAUAACAGAGCUAGGCUAAGUUUAAGGCCACAGCAGAACAAAGCGCUCUAUGUGCCAGGCUAUGUUGAAAAUGGUAAGAUCAUCCUGAAUUCACCCAGACCAGAAACCAAAGCCGAAAAGGCAGAAGUUAUAAUGGAAGACUUUAGCCGACUGACCUCCGGGGGGUCCUUUACCGUGUCUGGAGCGCCUCCUGGUGAUAACCAAACUCAUGUCUUCCUACCUGGUAAAAUUACGGACCUGGAGGCUAAGAUUAAAGGAGAUUAUAUUCAACUUUCGUGGACUGCCCCUGGCUAUGUUCUUGAUAAAGGAAGAGCUGAAGAGUAUACCAUAAGAAUAAGUGAGAGUCUCCAGGAGCUGCAAAGCAAAUUUGACCAUGCUGCUUUAGUGAAUACUUCCCAUCUCAUACCUAAGGAGGCUGGCUCAAGAGAAAUUUUUGAAUUUAAACCAGAACCUUUUAAACUAAAAAACGGCACCAAUUUCCACAUUGCAAUUCAAGCCAUCUACCAAGUCAAUCUCACCUCAGAGGUUUCUAAUAUUGCACAAGUAACCAAGCUCAUUCCGCCACAGGAAACUAGCACCCCUGCUCUCGGUACCAAUAUUCGUGCAAUCAGCUUGGCAAUUUGGGGGUUAGCUGUGAUUUUACCUAUGCUUAAACUAGAAAUUGUAUUAUAA